UGCCCGGGCCACAGCAAGUGCAGCUGUUUCAGGAUGAGGUGGCAGAUGGGAGUGAGCGCAGGUGGCCAAGGCAAAGUCGCAGCCAGAGAAUGAUGAAUGGAGCAGCGGGACCCUCGCACAUGGACCGUCGCGAGCGGGUUCUCAAGUUAGGCGAGAGUUUCGAGAAGCAGCCGCGCUGCGCCUUCCACACUAUACGCUAUGACUUCAAACCUGCUUCUAUUGACACUUCCUGUGAAGGAGAGCUUGAAGUUGGCAAAGGUGAACAGGUGACAAUAACUCUGCCAAAUAUAGAAGGUUCAACUCCACCAGUAACUGUUUUCAGAGGUUCAAAGAAACCUUACUUAAAGGAAUGCAUUUUAAUUAUUAACCAUGACACUGGAGAAUGCCGACUAGAAAAACUCAGCAGCAACAUCACUGUAAAAAAAACAAGAGUUGAAGGAAGUAGUAGAAUUCAGUAUCGUGUAGAGCAACAGCAGCAACAAAUGCGGAAUUCAGCUAGGACUCCCAAUCUUGUGAAACAUUCUCCAUCUGAAGACAAAAUGUCUCCAGCAUCUCCAAUGGAUGAUAUUGAAAGAGAACUGAAGGCAGAAGCUAGUCUAAUGGACCAGAUGAGUAGUUGUGAGAGUUCAUCGGAUUCCAAAAGUUCAUCAUCUUCAAGUAGUGAGGAUAGUUCCAGUGACUCGGACGAUGAAGAGUGCAGAUCCUCUCCUUCUGAUCCAGGGAAUUAUAUCUCAGGACAUCCUGCCAUGCCACAUUGCAGGAUUCCUGAUAUGGAUGCCAGCCAGAAUAAAUCUCAUGACAACAGUGGCCUUCUGAUGAAUACUUUAAGAAAUGAUUUGCAGCUGAGUGAAUCAGGAAGUGACAGUGAUGAUUGAAGAAACAUUCAGCUAUAAAUAUAAAAUUUGUAAGAUGUGAUAAUUUAUUUUAUAUUAAGAAUAAAGAUUCCUGAUACUGAAGAAAAUGUAUCUUAACUUUUGAUAAUAAAAGAAAGUAAAGUUGUUUCAGAAUUUACAGUCAAUGUUACAUUUUUGAACUUUUUUAAGUACUAGCAUUUUCAUGUGCUUUCCAUUUAUUAGGUUUGAGAGAUGAAAAAACAGAGGUUAGGUAACUUGCCCACAUGCUGUUAGUUAACAAGUGGCAAAUCAGGUGUUGUAGAGUUCAAGUUCAAUGCUCUGUUUUAAAACACUGCUGUUUCUCAAUUGUGAAAUGUCAAAACAAUUGAUUUAUAAUAAAUGCCCAUGGUUUUAAUUAUA